CUUGGCCUGAUAGAGCGAUGCAGCGCCACACCAGACGUCGUCACGCCCCUGGCGCUGGCUUUGGGAAUAGGGACCCGGCCGUUGGACGUCGAACUGAAGAGAUGGGAAGACGGGGCCAAGACGCAGCUGAACUAGACCGUUCCAUGUUCCACCUGCACGAGGCAUUCCACCAGGCCUGGUUGGACACGCACGACUUGAAGCAGUGGGAUAAACACCCUGGCCUUCCUGUCCCUCCCAAGCAGCCUGGAUCUACCUCACUACCAAGCUUUCCAAGGUUUCCACUAACAGCCACAAUUACCGGCGCCUGGCCAAGCUCUGUAGGCCAACCAACUACCCCUCCAUAGCAGUCACCCACGGCCGGUGACGUGCCUGGCUGAACCACACCUGGCCACGCAUGACGAACAGCUCUUGUCUUCUUGCUGGCAGCGCUUUCCUUAUGGACUGAUUUCCAAGUUGAUCCGAAAAUACCAGGGUUCUUAGCACGAGGGUCUUGGCAGGUCUUCACCUACUCCUGUCCCGCGCUGACUCGGUGCUUGUUCUUUCUUUCUAGACCUUUGCGCUCUAAGCUGGAACUCGGGCACAGGCAGAGAGGUACGAGCACGAGCACGAGCACGAGCACCAUGGUCGAGAAGCACAACCCCGGGAACAUCUCCCGGCAGUCCACAUUGCGGCAGGCAGCUGGCGUCUCGGAUGGCUUCAACUACUCCCAAGACAAUGCAAGCAGCCCCUUGGACCUGGGCGCCAGUGAUGAGGCGCCGCCGGCAUAUGGCGAGGUCCACGACCAGUUGAAUCUGUCGCAGGACGGGUUCAACGCCGGUGCUGCUGUCACAGAUGAUGGCCGUGUCAAUAUCAACAUCAGCCAGACCAACCGGAGGCUGUCCCAGCUUCUGGCCCCAGCUUUCAAGGGUCAACCAACCCCUCAGAAGACUCCCUCAGGGCCUCUGCCACCAGCAUACAUACCUCCCAGUCUAGGUGGUCUGCCUGGUCAAACACCCCCUCCUAAGCUGAAUCUGGUCAUACAGAUUGUCGGCUCACGUGGUGAUGUCCAGCCAUUUGUUGCCCUAGGCAAGGUGCUGAAAGACACCUACGGACACAGGGUCCGGAUUGCGACUCACGCCACCUUCCAAAAGUUUGUCGAGGAGAACGGCCUCGAGUUCUUCUGCAUCGGGGGGGACCCGGCCGAGCUCAUGGCCUUUAUGGUGAAGAACCCCGGCCUCAUGCCCGGCAUCGACGCUCUCAAGAGCGGCGAGAUCACAAAACGGCGCAAGGGUAUCGAACAGAUUGUCCUUGGGUGCUGGCGGUCCUGUAUCGAGGCCGGUGAUGGACUGGGCCCGCCUGUCGAGACGGACCUGCCUAAUGAGCCCCAAGGAGAGGAAUACAGCCUGCCUGGGAACCCCGCCGACAAACCCUUCGUGGCUGAUGCCAUUAUUGCAAAUCCGCCGAGUUUUGGCCACAUUCACAUCGCCGAGAAGAUGGGCAUACCGCUGCACAUGAUGUUCACAAUGCCCUGGUCGCCCACGCGAGCGUUCCCACACCCGCUGGCAAACAUCCAAAGCACCGAUACCGACGAUGUCAUGACAAACUUCGUCUCCUACGCCCUGGUGGAGAUGAUGACAUGGCAGGGCCUGGGGGAUGUCAUUAAUCGCUUCCGAACAAAAGUGUUGGACCUCGAGCCACUCUCUCUAAUCUGGGCCCCGGGCUUACUGUCACGGCUGCGAAUCCCGACGACGUACUGUUGGUCACCGGCUCUCAUCCCGAAACCCAACGACUGGGGCCGCGAGAUAUCAAUUCCGGGCUUCUACUUCCUUGACCUCGCCACUUCCUAUACACCCGAGCCCGAAUUAGCUGCCUUCCUCGAGAGCGGACCACCCCCCGUGUACAUCGGUUUCGGUUCCAUCGUUGUCGAUGACCCUAACAAGCUCACGAGAAUGAUCUUCGACGCCGUUACCCAGGCAGGGGUGCGAGCCCUCGUCUCCAAAGGCUGGGGCGGCAUUGGGGCCGACUCUGUCGGUAUCCCUGAAGGGGUCUUCAUGCUGGGCAACUGUCCACAUGACUGGCUUUUCAAGAAGGUAUCGUGUGUGGUCCACCACGGCGGUGCCGGAACUUCUGCCGCCGGGAUCAAGACCGGUACCCCGACCGUUGUGGUUCCGUUCUUUGGUGACCAACCAUUCUGGGGCGCCAUGAUCGCAAAGGCCGGCGCCGGCCCCGCCCCAAUCCCCUACAAGCAGUUGACAGCCGAGAAGCUUGCCGAUGCCAUAACGUCGGCUCUAAAACCUGAGACCCAAGCAAGGGCCAAGGAACUUGGUGAGAGGAUCAGGCAGGAGAAGGGCACAGAUGAGGGAGCAAAGAGUUUCCACGACCAACUUAACUACGACAUUUUACGAUGCUCUAUUGCUCCUAGUCGCACAGCUGUCUGGCGUAUCAGACGAACAAAGGUUCGACUGAGUGCCCUGGCGGCGGCCGUGCUUGUAAAGGAGGGACUUCUGCGUUACGCAGAUCUGAAGCUGUACCGACCUCAUGAGCACGAUACAGAAGAGCAGCCAUGGGACCCUGUCUCUGCCGUGACAGCAGCCCUUGUCGGGGAUAUGGGCAGCAUCGCAAUGGCCAUUGGCGACAUACCAAGAGACUGGUACAAGACUGUCAAGAGUGGUUCAGGCACCCCGAAGAAAGAAGAUAGCUCGGCGACAUCGAAUGACGCGGCGUCGUCAUCUCAACUCACACUCCCUUCCGACUCGGCAAGCACCUGGUCCGCCCAGCCGUCCGCGCUAUUGAGUCCUCCAUCACAACCGGCGCAUUCAGACGCAUCCAGCUCCAAAGACCAAUCGAUUCUUGGAGGUUCCACGCUUCAAGGCUCCAGCUCACCUACUCCCUCAUCUCAUCGUCCAAGCAACUCCCAGGGAGGCAAGGCGAUGAAGAACCUCGACGUCGAGACCGCACUUGGGAUGGGCCUCGACACUGGCAAGAACGUCUCACGUAUCGUGGAGACCGGGAUGAAGUCUCCAAUGAAUUUUUGCAUGGGCUUGGCCAAGGGGUUCCGCAAUGCGCCUCGCUUGUACAACGAUGACACCAUCCGCAAACAGGAGAAGGUCACAGGUCUCGGUAGCGGAGUGAUGGUUGCAUGGAAGGAGCUUGGCCUUGGUGUAUAUGAUGGUGUUUCUGGGCUGGUAACGCAGCCGUACAAGGGUGCGCAGAAAGAGGGCGGGCAGGGAUUUAUCAAGGGCGUCGGCAAGGGGAUAGGUGGAUUCCUCCUCAAGCCUGCUGCCGGAAUCUGGUCAAUACCCGCCUAUAUGAUGAAGGGCGUGCACGCUGAAAUCAGAUCCAAAUUCCACCGCAGCGUGGACAAGUAUGUCGUCACGUCGCGGAUAAUACAGGGGCAAGAUGACCUCCGCUCUGCAACUGUCCAAGAGAAUCAAGACAUCGUCAUGCGUUUCAACUCCAUGAACUCUGAACUGAAGGGCCUUUAUGUACUCAAACACAAGGAAAAGACUACCAGCGAAACGCCUUCCAGCCUGCCAACGACCGCAUCCCAGGAUGAUGUCAACAGGCUCCCGGACUCACCACCCAAGACGGGCUUCUGGAACACCAGGCACCUGUCCCUGGAGGAGAGACGGAAGCUGCACGAACAGAAAGAGGAGUGGAAGAGGAGGAAGCGAGAGCAAGCGGCGGGUGUGAGCCUCAGCCCGGAGCCCCCGGAGGACCCCGGCAUGGAGCAAGCGAUUCGCGAUUCUGUCAACCAGACGUCCCGCGGCGACCCCAACGAGGACGCCAGGAUCGAAGCGCAGAUCCGCUCAAGCGUCAAGGAGAUGCGGCGGAUCGCGGACGAGCAGAGGCGGCAGGAGCAGCAGAGGCAGCUGGGUGACUGGAAGCAGAGACCAUCUGAGCCGUCCGCCCCGCCAGCGUGGUUGGACGAGAAGAAGGGCGGCGCAGGAGCGGAGGACAUCACUGACGAGGAGUUCGAGGCCCUGAUUGCGGAGGCGGCGAGGCGGAGCGUCAUGGCACAGGGCCAGUACGGCAGCGAGGACGAGGACCUCGAGCGGGCCCUCCAAGAGUCGCAGGGGGCCGCGAUGGCGGAGAGCGGUGCGGACGAGGAGCUGCGCAGGGCGAUGGAGGAGUCGGAGCGGGCGCACAAGGAGGACGUCGCGCGUAGGACGACCGAGAGGUCCGAGGAGGAGGUGAUUAUGGAAUAUGUCAAGAAGCAGAGCCUGGCUGAGGAGGAGUUCCGGCGCCUGAAGGCCCAGGGCAAACAACCCGCGACCAGCCGGGGAGGAGACGAGGAGGAUGAGGACCUGAAGAAGGCUAUCGAGGAAAGCCUGAACAUUAGUUGCAAGGAGGGCGGACCAUCCACAUGAAGACGGGUACACUGAUACACGAUUUGGAUCUAUUUUACUUGGUCCUGUGGUUUGGAUUUCAUACACCGAGAUAUCCCAUGGCGCAGCAGAAUUCGGUCAUAGCGCGGUGGUUUUUUCCUGACACAAGAAUACAGCUCAUAUUCCGC